AUUAAGAGAAAAAAACAAAACCCCAGUCGACGACUGUCGUCCCAUACCAGGAAUCUCUUAGCCAAUUACCUGGCGAGUAUUGGAGCACUCGCAGUCUCCAACCAACAAACCUCGACUCCAUGAAACUGAAAAAACAUCAGAUCAUCUUACUCAACGCUUAAACGCACCAAAAAAAAAAAUUCCCACAGCUGAACUGAUCGCUAUAUCGGAGGAACCAAGGAUCCCUCUCUCAAAUCUAGUACAUCACUGCUAGGGUUUCUCUACUCGCUCAGAUCUCCGAACAAUCACAACCUCAGACCAACGAUUGGGUUCUGAAGGUCCUUGAUUCAUCUGCUUUUUGAUCGGAAACUCAAGCUCACUCUGUUAGGUUCCUGAAGAAAAAGGGAUACCGAACGGUGGAGCUUGAGAACCGAAACUGUUGGCUUUAGGGGGUAGGAUUUUGAGGAUUGGGCAUGAAUUGAAAAUUAGGGUUUGUUGUUAUUUGGGGUGUUGAGGAAAUGAAUGUGAGCCAUGCCUCGGUUCAUCCAGUGGAAGAUGCCCCAACUACAGAAGGAGGCAACGCUCCGAGGGUGAGGAUGAAGGACUUACAGGGCAUGCCCGGGACCCCAGGUGGUCUUGCUUUGCGCAUCAGCCAAUUCGUUUUUGCAGCUGCUGCGCUUGUUGUCAUGGCCACCACUAGUGACUUUCCUUCUGUCACUGCCUUUUGCUAUCUUGUAGCGGCUGCUGGUUUGCAGUGUGUGUGGAGUCUUUCAUUGGCCAUUGUUGACAUGUAUGCUCUUUUAGUAAGACGCUCUUUGCAAAAUCAUCGGGUUGUCAGCUUUUUCACUGUUGGUGACGGGAUGACUUCAACUCUUACAUUUGCUGCAGCAUGUGCUUCUGCGGGGAUUACAGUUCUGAUUGACAAUGACCUUGGUAGCUGCGCGCACAACCAUUGUGCACAGUUUGAAACUGCUACAGCCAUGGCUUUUAUAACUUGGUUCACAUCAUUACCAUCUUUCCUUUUGAACUUCUGGUCGCUAGCAUCCCGGUAAGUGUAUGAGAAUGAAAAACUUGAAUGAAAUAUGAGAAGAGCAGCUUCAGUUUGAAAGUUCUCUUUUUUUGCUGUGUCCUGUGUGGCCUGUACCAAAAUGCCCUUGAAUGAAAAAGUUGGUUGUAAUUUUGUGUAUAGUUUGUGUCUCUUUCAACAAUACAAAGAUUUCAAGUGGUGAGAUGGGGCUGGUUAAUAUACCCCCUCAACCUGGAUAUUGAAUAUAUUGGACAUUUUUGACAUAGUGGCAGAUAUUGUAUGCAAAUAGGUUUUGAUGA